AUGAUUUUCUACGUAACCGUGGCCCUGGCGAUAUCGAACUUCACCAACCCUGUGGUAUAUGCAGACUUUGCAGAUAACGAUGUUUUCAAAGGCCCUGAUAGUGCUUACUAUUUCUCAGCAUCAAGUUUUCAGUUCUCGCCAGGGGCGCCAAUACUGAAGUCUUUCGAUUUAGUCAACUGGGAACUAAUUGGUCACUCCGUACCAUCUCUUGCAGGAUUUGGGCCCAAAUUUGAGAUGAAUGGUACUCCGCCAUAUGUUUCAGGCGUUUGGGCCUCGACCAUGCGGUAUCGCGGAAGCACGGGCAUGUGGCAUUGGUACGGCUGUAUCGGCUUUUCCAAGUCUUUCAUUUAUACUGCCGCCUCAGUGACCGGUCCUUGGACACAGGCGGGAACAAUCAAUACUUGUUUUUAUGACUGUGGGCUAUUGAUCGAUGAUGAUGAUAAGAUGUAUAUUGUCUAUGGCCAAACCAACAUUAGUAUAGCCACAUUGGCUUCCGAUGGGUUGAGUAUAUCGACAUCAGCACAAGUGUUUACAGGGCCUGACGGUCACACUGAGGAGGGUUCACGGUUAUAUAAGAUCAAUGACUACUACUACGUACUGGGCGAUAGACCUAAUGGCACUACUUACGUCUGGAGGUCCUCCUCUAUAUAUGGAAAUUGGACCUAUCAAACACUACAGACUGGGGUUUCUUCACCUAUUAGUGGUGGCGGGCUUAUUGAUCAAGGAAGUUUUAUCCAAGGACCUGAUCGCAACUGGUACUUCAUGUCCUGCACGUGGUCCUACCCAGCUGGUCGAAUACCUAUCCUUGCCCCAAUUACUUGGAAUAACGACUGGCCAACUUUGGCUGUUCCUGGCAAUAAUUGGGCCGUUUCUUAUCCGUUUCCUUCAACUUCAGCCGCCCCACAAGUCGCCUGGACUGGCACCGAUGUUUUCUCUGGCACAUCGCUGAGAGAGGCGUGGGAGUGGAAUUUUGCUCCCGAUAUUACCAAUUUCACCAUCAACAAUGGUCUGACGUUGAGGACAGCCACAGUAACCAACGACCUAUACAAAGCACGAAAUACUCUUACGCAACGAACCUACGGUCCUUAUCCUGUAGGAACGGCGAAAAUCGAUUUUUCCGGAAUGGUCGAUGGUGACUCAUGUGGGCUUGCAGCUUUUCGAGAUUCUUCCGCAUGGAUCGGCAUUAUGCGGUCAGGGACUAGUUACAAUCUUGUCCAAGUAUCUGAUGCUACUCAAAAUGCGACCAACAAAUGGUCCACAAUAAGCAAUGGCACUAUAUCAGCAAGGAAAUCUAUCUCUGCUGGUUCUAUUUACAUUCGAGUAUCUAUGGACGUUCGACCGAAUGGUGCCAAGUCAGCAAAAUUCUCAUAUUCUUCGGACGGAUCGAACUUCACAACCUUUGGCUUAACAUUCACACUAAACACCACUUAUAAUUACUUUACAGGCUAUCGUUACGGUAUCUUCAAUUUUGCUACGAAAUCUCUGGGCGGCUUUAUUAAAGUUAUCUCAUUCACAAGUAGCUAA